GGAAGCUCCGCCGCCCCGCCUACCUCUCCGGCUGCGGAAGCGGGGUCCUCUGCAGUUUUGGCUGGUGCUCUGUCGCCAUGUCGCUGGCAGUCUUGCGGGUCCUGGACCCCUUCCCCACCGAGACACCCCCGUUGGCGGUGCUGCUGCCGCCCGGGGGCCCGUGGCCUGCGGUGGGGCUGGGCUUGGUGCUGGCCCUACGGCCUGCAGGGGAGAGCCCGGCAGGCCCAGCACUGCUAGUUGCUGCCUUGGAGGGGCCGGGCGCGGACACUGAACAUCAGGGUCCCGGGCCCCCGCAGCUGCUGGUUAGCCGCGCGCUACUGAGGCUCCUGGCCCUGGGCUCCGGCUCUUGGGUGCGGGCGCGACCCGUCCGGCGACCCCCGGCGCUGGGCUGGGCGUUGCUUGGCACCUCACCGGGGCCCGGGCUCGGCCCGCGAGUUGGGCCGCUGCUGGUGAGGCGUGGAGAGGCCCUGCCAGUGCCCGGACCGCGGGUGCUGGAAACGCGGCCGGCGUUGCAAGGGCUGCUGGGUCCGGGGACGCGGCUGGCUGUGACUGAACUCCGUGGGCGGACCAAACUGGGUCCGGAGACUGGGGACAGCAGCCAGCUCCCACCCCCGCCGGUGGUGUCUUCCUUCGCGGUUUCUGGCACUAUCCGGAGACUUCGGGGAGUUCUGGGAGGGACUGGAGAUUCACUAGGGGUGAGCCGGCGCUGUCUCCGGACCCUCGGCCUCUUUCAGGGCGAGUGGGUGUGGGUGACUCGGGUCGGAGAGUCCUCGAACACUUCCCAGCCACACUUGGCCACGGUGCAGGUCCUAGAGCCUCCCUGGGACCUCGCAGAAAGGCUGGGACCAGGCUCUGGGCAGCUGGGAGAGCCCCUCGCUGACGGACUGGCCCUUGUGCCUGCUACUCUGGCUUUUAAUCUCGGCUGUGAUCCCCUGGAAGUGGGCGAGCUCAGAAUUCAGAGGUAUCUGGAAGACUCCAGCAACCCCAACGACAAAGGAAGCUGCUCAGUGCUGCCCGGACCUCCGUUUGCCAAAGAAUUACACAUUGAGAUUGUGUCCUCCCCCCACUACAGCACUAACGGAAAUUAUGAUCAUGUUCUUUGCCUGCACUUUCAGACACCCAGGGCAGUCCAGGAAGGGGAUGUUCUGUGUGUGCCGACCGUUGGGCAAGUAGAGGUCCUGGAAGAAAGCCCUGAGAAACUGCCCAGGUGGCGGGAAAUGUUUUUUAAAGUGAAGAAAACAGUUGGGGAGGCUCCCGCUGGGCCAACCAGUGCUUACUUGGCUGACACCAUCCAUACCUCCCUGUACUUGGUGGGUUCCACUCUGAGCCCUGUUCCUUCUGGAGAAUCUACUCUCUGGAGCAGCCUGUCUCCUCCAGGCCUGGAGGCCUUGGUGACUGAGCUCUGUGCUGUCCUGAAGCCGCAUCUCCAGCCAGGAGGUGCCCUGCUGACAGGAACUAGCAGUGUCCUUCUGAGGGGCCCCCCAGGCAGUGGGAAGACCACAGUAGUCACUGCUGCCUGCAACCGCCUUGGGCUCCACUUACUGAAGGUGCCCUGUUCCAGCCUCUGUGCAGACAGUAGCGGGGCUGUGGAGACAAAAUUGCGGGCCGUCUUCACCCGGGCCCGGCGCUGCCGGCCUGUGGUUCUGUUGCUGACAGCUGUGGACCUUCUGGGCCGGGACCGUGAUGGACUUAGUGAGGACACCCGUGUGGUGGCCACACUGCGCCAGCUCCUCCUCGAGGCAGACCCCCUCACCAGCUGCCCUCCCCUGGUGGUUGUGGCCACCACAAGCCAGGCCCAGGACCUGCCUGCUGACGUGCAGACAGCAUUCCUGCACGAACUGGAGAUACCUGUGCUGUCAGAGGGGCAGCGGCUCAACAUUCUUCGGGCCCUCACUGCCCACCUCCCCCUAGGCCAAGAGGUGAACAUGGCACAGCUGGCACGGCGGUGUGCAGGCUUUGUGGUAGGGGAUCUCUAUGCUCUUUUGACCCAUAGCAGCCGGGCAGCCUGCUCUCGGAUCAAGAACUUGGGUUUGGCCGGUGGCUGGAGUGAGGAGGACGAGGGGGAGCUGUGUGCUGCCGGCUUUCCCCUCCUGGCUGAGGACUUCGCACAGGCUCUGGAACAGCUGCAGACAGCCCACUCGCAGGCCAUCGGAGCCCCCAAGAUCCCCUCAGUAUCCUGGCACGACGUGGGUGGGCUGCAGGAGGUGAAGAAGGAGAUUCUGGAGACCAUUCAGCUCCCUCUAGAGCACCCUGAGCUGCUGAGCCUGGGCCUGAGGCGCUCGGGCCUUUUGCUCCAUGGACCCCCUGGCACUGGCAAGACCCUCCUGGCCAAGGCCGUAGCUACUGAGUGCAGCCUCACCUUCCUCAGUGUCAAGGGGCCUGAGCUCAUCAACAUGUAUGUGGGACAAAGCGAGGAGAAUGUGCGGGAAGUGUUUGCCAGGGCCAGGGCCGCAGCUCCCUGCAUUAUCUUCUUUGAUGAACUGGACUCCUUGGCCCCAAGCCGGGGGCGAAGUGGAGACUCAGGAGGUGUGAUGGACAGGGUGGUGUCUCAGCUGCUGGCCGAGCUGGAUGGAAUUCACAACACUCAGGACGUGUUUGUGAUUGGAGCUACCAACAGGCCAGACCUCCUGGACCCUGCCCUUCUGCGGCCUGGCCGAUUUGACAAGCUGGUGUUCGUGGGGGUGAGCGAGGACCGUGCCUCCCAGCUGCGAGUGCUGAGUGCCAUCACACGCAAGUUCAAGCUGGAGCCCUCUGUGAGCCUGGUGGCUGUGCUGGACCGCUGCCCUCCCCAGCUGACGGGCGCAGACCUCUAUGCCCUGUGCUCCGAUGCCAUGACGGCUGCCCUCAAACGCAGGGUUCGGGACCUGGAGGAAGGCCUGGAGCUCGGGAGCACGGCACUGCUGCUCACCAUGGAGGACCUGCUGCAGGCCGCUGCCCGGCUGCAGCCCUCAGUCAGUGAGCAGGAACUGCUCCGCUAUAAGCGCAUCCAGCGCAAGUUUGCGGCCUGCUAAGCACCCUGCAGUUGGGGACCCCCACCCUGUGUGAUGAAAGGUACCUGAUCCCCACAGAGACCUCAGAGAGCCAAGGGGUCUUCCUUGGGUUCCUGCCCACCCACCUGCCUACCUCCAGGAGAUCCCUGGGUGCACAGUGGGAUCAGGAGCCCCGAGAACUCCAGAGGCAUCCCCUCUCUACCUUCAGGCCAGCCUAGGACUAAGUUCCACUGUGCAGGACGGGUGGGGAGGAUCUCGAGUUCAAGGGUACUACAGCGUGCCCUCGCUGUGGCUAAAAAUAAAGUGUCUGCU